GAGUUUCUUUCAAACAUACACAAAUAUCCUUUGAUCAUUUCCUCUAGCAUUAAAUAUCAACAAAGGGAGUCUAAGUAAGUGAUUAAUCUUGUUAUCGACAAUGUCGGAGGAGAAGCACCACCACUUCUUCCACCACCACAAGGAGGAUCAGAGCUCGACGGAAAUCGACUACGCCAAGAAAGAAAAGCACCACAAGCACAUGGAGCAACUUGGCGAGCUCGGCGCCGUCGCCGCCGGUGCCUACGCUCUGCAUGAGAAGCAUAAGGCAAAGAAGGAUCCUGAGAACGCACACAGUCACAAAGUUAAGGAGGAGAUCGCUGCGACUGUGGCGGUCGGCAGUGUCGGCUACGUGUUCCACGAGCACCACGAGAAGAAAGAUGCGAAGAAACACGGCCACCAUCACUAGCCCUCACCUGUGGGAACCAUAAAUACAUAUAUAUGUGUGUAAUAUUACUAUAAAUAUAUUGUUGUUGCUUCUCUCUCGUACGUGUUAGGUGUUGCUUAUUUUGUGUAUCCUUUUCUGAGUCUUGGCGUGUCGUUUGCUUGUUAUGUAAGUUGUAUUUCGAAUAAGUGCUAAACACUGUGUAUUACAAUAAUUUUGUUUUGCCUUAAUUUUAAUUUGUUGGAUUGUGGGUCAUUAAA